AUGUCCACUUCACAAUAUUUUGGCCUGAAGUGUGCAAAAGACAAAUCCAGUCCAUAUUUUCCAUCAUCAGUAGGACGUUUCAACUGCGAAACCAACAACAUCGAAACGUUCUAUUGCAAAAACUGCAACGUCGGAACACAACUGACGAUUUUUUUCAAACGUCACUUACAAGACCACGCUCUCAAAAACCAAAAUUCGCCAUACAUCAUACGAAAAUACAUUUGUGGCAAAUGCAGCUUCGAAACCCACUUUUCAAUGAAGUGGUUCCAACACACUCGAACGUGUCGAGGAAAAAAGGAAAAUCUCCAAACGUCAAAAAAAUCCGUCUUAAAAACUUUCACUUGGAGCAUUUGUGACCAGUGCGGGCGCAAAUACAAGUUCAAAUACAGCUUAGAAAUGCACAAAAUAUCAAAACAUUUAAAAGACGACGAAAUAUCCUGGUUCAGUUGUACGAAAUGCUCCUACAAAGCCAAACUAAAGUGCCACUUACACCGCCAUAUAAAGCGCCAGCAUUUAAACGAACAAGCCUGCCAACUGUAUUUGUGUGACAAGUGCCCCUACACAACCAAAUAUAAAGCAACUUUGAAAACACACACCACCAAGCAUCACUCGGACAAAAGCAACGUCAAACGCUACCCGUGCGUCAUGUGUCCAUAUGAAGCUAAAACAAUGAAGACGCUAAAAGGCCACAUGAUUGCUUUCCACAUGAACGACCAAGAAAUUAAAUGGUAUGAAUGCAAAGAGUGUCCGUACAAAGCUAAAACUAACACCCAUUUGAAAAGUCACAUAAACAUGCGUCACUUGGACGAGAAGGACGUGAAGUUGUUCGAGUGCGAACAGUGCGAUUUUAAAGCUAAAAGUAAGUCGAAUUUGAAUCGACAUAUAAGUGUCCGGCAUUUAGAUGAAGACAGUGUUAAAUGGUACAAAUGUGAACGGUGCCAAUUCAAGACUAAAAGCAAUUUUAAUUUGAAACUGCAUAUAAACGCACGACAUUUGGAUAAAAAGGAUGUUAAAUGGUACGAAUGCGACUGGUGCCCCUAUAGGGCGAAACACGGGUCUAAUUUGAGGAGGCACGUGAAUUCGUACCACGUGGGGGCAAAGGAGUGCACGGACGAAGACGAUUUUGUUUGA